CGCACAAGUUUGUCAUUACAAUUCACGAUUCUAGUUAUGUGUUGUGUUUACAAUUUACUGCCAGAUGUUUGCUUAGAAUUCUAUAUAGUAAUUAAAAAUCCAUAUUAUACUAUCGAAAAUUAUAAUCAAAUAGAAAUAUGGAGGCUGACCAAUCAGUUAAAGAUACGUUAAUUGUUAAUUUAACUAAGCAAUUAAGUGAAUUAGAAUUAUUGAAAUCUAUGUAUCCCAAUCAGAAUGAAAUUAUAAUAACUGAUAACAGUGUGUUCGAAGACAUUAAACAAUUUGUCGAAAAUAAAAGUUUUAAUAUUCCUAGCCAUCUUGAUUUUAUUAUGAAAAUUCAUCUCAAUGAGUAUAAACUAGAGAUAUAUGUUAACUUACCCACACUUUACCCAGAUGAAGAGCCUGAUGUAUAUGUAAGGUGUAAUCAGUUGAAUAGACUGCAAGAAACUAAUUUGAAUUCAGAGCUGUCAACAUACAUUAAAAUUUCUCAUGAGAAUGAAGUAUGUUUAUAUACGGCCAUUUCAUGGCUACAAGAAAAUAUUGAUAAUUUCAAAGUAAUAUCGCAAAAUGUUCCCAAACCUACACCUUCUGUCUUGGAUAAUAAAGAUGCCACUUUUGUGAGGCUGUGGAUAUUUUCACAUCACAUUUACAGCAAAUACAAAAGAGAGCAAAUCAUAAGUAGGUCUAAAGAACUGAAUUUGACCGGAUUUUGUUUACCUGGAAAACCUGGCAUAAUAUGUAUUGAAGGAAUUGAUAAAGACUGUUCAGAAUGGUGGAAAGAUAUAAAGUCAUUGAAUUGGAAGAAAAUAUCUAUAAGGAAAUCAGAAGUUUUUGACAUAAACAAGAAAGCCAAAAAUCAACAAUUUAAGGAUUUCCAGGAAGUUAGUUUUCAGAAUCACUUAUCUAAAAAUAAGCACGCAUUUUCCAAAUUUAUGGAGGAGCACAAUCUUAGUCAGGAGUUUGGUGAAUUUUUAGGUAUAUAGCAUCGUAAAAGACGCACCACUCGUAAGGGUAAGCACAAGUAAUUAACCAUAUUUGUUGAUUUUAACGGCUUCUUUGGACUAAAAAUUGAUUUGACUAAUUAAAUCAUUUUGGAAUCAAAUUCCUUUAUCUUAAUUCACAUCCUCAGUGCCACUGACUCACGCUAUGUGAUAUAUGUGAAUGUUUAAAUUGUUGUGACAUUGAGCUUGUUAAAAAUUUAUGACCAUGUUGACUUGGCAUUUAUUUUA